UUCCUAUUUUGUUCAUAUACGUCUUACUCAUAUAAUUGCAAAAACUUAUUCCGUACCGUUCAUGGCCCUUGUCACUCAUCUUUGCAGUCGCGUUUUAAAUGUUUGGUAAUGUUUCAGGAUUCUCCAAACAUUAACAUGCGCGAUUUCAUUAACGAGUUGGAAGACUACGUGCCUACGAUUCCUGAUUCAGUCACUCUACAUUUUAUGAGAUCUUGUGGAUGCGAUUGUUCGGAUCCGAGAAUUGUAAGGUUGAUAGCAUUGGCAACGCAAAAGUAUGUCUCCGAUAUAAUCCUCGACGCAAUGCAGCAGGCUCGAAUGAAAGGUCUUGGACAAACGAAAAAAGGUACCAAAGAAACACGGUACUGCUUGACGAACGAUGUUCUUGAGCCUGUUCUAAAAGAGUAUGGAAUAGAUUUCAUUCUUCCUCCUUAUAUGCAUUAG